AUGGGAUCCGAAACGACACCGGUGUCUGCGACUCUGCGAAAGAGGGUCUUGAAAGUGCUGUUCAUUUCGCUGCUGCUAGACUUGAUAUCCUUCACCUUCAUCCUUCCGCUGUUUCCCAAACUUAUCGAAUUCUACCGCAACCAUGAGACGGGAGAUCCCAACACCAUCCUUUCCAAGAUUCUCGCUUGUCUCAAUGCAUACAAGAAUUCUUUCGCGAAACCUAUCAACUCCCGCUACGACAUAGUCCUGCUCGGCGGCGCACUCGGAUCGCUGUUCUCUCUGUGCCAGGCUAUCGCUUCGCCCUUCAUCGGGACGCUCUCAGACAAAUAUGGCAGGCGCACAGCGCUCCUGUGGUCUAUGGUGGGCAAUAUCUUCAGCGUAGCGCUGUGGGUUGCAGCGACCGAUUUCCGGACGUUCCUUGCCAGUCGCGUUGUGGGAGGCCUGAGCGAGGGCAAUGUGCAGCUUGCAAUGGCUAUUGCGACCGACAUUAGCGACGACAGCCAGAGAGGCGCCACCAUGGCCCUUGUCGGCGUGUGCUUCAGCAUCGCCUUCACGUUCGGCCCGGCGUUGGGCGCAUACCUGUCCACAUUGCAGGUCAUGGACAAGAACCCAUUUGCCAUGGCAGCAGGCUUCUCUUUAUUCCUGAUCAUCUCGGAGACCAUCUACCUGUACACCAGUCUCCCGGAGACGCUACCUUCGACGAACAAGGCUCAGAACGGCACAGCAAACGGACAUGACAAAAGCAGUGAAGCACCGAAACCUCGUGUCCGAACGAACUCGCAUUAUCUACUCAACGCGACACAUUUUACUUUUAUCCUCUUCUUCAGCGGCAUGGAAUUCUCGCUCCCGUUUAUGACUUACGAUCUCUUCUCUUAUCAGGCGAAGGACUCUGGUCGAUUACUUGGUUUUAUUGGCCUGGUUGCUUCCCUACUACAAGGGUCGGUAGUGCGGCGGAUGCACCCUCUGAAGGUGGUUCAGAUGGGAGUGGUCAGCUGUACAAUCGCGUUUCUUAUGCUUGGAAGGGUUCAGACACAGGGCGCACUGUAUGGAGCGGCCGCACUUCUUGCGGUAACGAGCGCGACUGUCGUCACUGGUCUCAACAGUCUCUCGUCUUUUGAGGCGAACGCCGAUGAGCGAGGCAAUAAGCUGGGCAAUCAUCGAAGCUUCGGUCAAAUCGGUCGUUCUCUAGGACCUCUCAUCUUCUGCACUUUGUACUGGUGGACGGGCCGCGAAACAGCAUAUGCAACCGGAGCUGCCGGCAUGGUUGGAGUCUGUGCAUUGGUAUUUGGAGGGCUGAAAGUUCCCCCUGGAACGGAAACCAUCAACAAGAAGGAGAAGAAGACGGUCAAGUAG